UCUAACUUGUUCCUAAUUUGUUUCCCACAAGGUGAAUUUAAUGACUGCGUAAAACAUUUCAUGGGCGAGUGAAGUCGAGUCCUUAACGGAAGUAAAGCUCAAAGAGUCACGUCAACCUCCAAUGUCACUUUAACACUUUUAAUAUUUAAUAUUUAAACUGCAAACAUAAAGUCUAUGAAGCAUAAGUUCACCAAAAAAUUCAUUUUGGUCGUUACUGCCGAAAGUCAGGUAAAGUUUUUUAGUCCAGGAAACGUUUCUGGAGUUUUACAACAAAACAGUGUUGCACAGCUUGUUUAUUCAGUUAUGGAAGAAAAAAAUAUGUCUGAGUUUGUGUUAUUACCUACAGAAGCCGAGAACGGCCAUGGAUUUUUCUUCAUUUUUAUGCACGAUUAUCUUGUGAUAACAACUUCAUUUAUUUCGUUAUCUUAAUAUAACAAAAAAUGUUUUCUCAUGAUAAUGAAUUAAUAAUGUGUUUGUCUUGAUUUCACCUACAAGAGCUGCCACAGACGGCUUCCGUAUUCAGCUGUAGCUGUAGCCUACCUGUUAGUUACACUUUACCAUGGUUUAUUUACUGGACUGGGUUUGUUUAGGGGCUACUGGUUUGCAGAUGAGAGGCUGACAAACUCCCAUCUAUCCGUCAAUGUAGGCCAGAUAAUUAAAAAAUAAAUAAAUAAAUAAGAAAAAUCCAUGGCCGUUCUCGGCUUCCGUAAGUACCUCAUUAAUACUGUAAAUAUUAAAGUCUGACUUUGGAUAACUUCUCCAGAACUACACCUUGCCCCUUUGAAAUUUAUGUUCAUGUGACAUUUAAUGAGUCGAAAUGUGAUUACAUCAUCACUUGGUAUUUUGAGGAAGUGUUAUUACACUCUCUUUAAUUUACAUCACCACAUUUCUCACUUCUUCUCGUCUCUGUUUGUGUUAUUGCCUCAUUAAAUAUUGUAAAUAUGAAAAUUCUGACUUUGAAUCUCUUCUCCAAAUCUACAUAUUGGCCCUUUACUCAUGUUUGACAUGAUCUAAUCAGACUCUGGUGUGCGCUGUGCUCGGGCAGCGGUGCGCGCUCCCGCGGCACACAGCCCCGCCGCCGCCGCGCACCGUGAACGCGCCUUUCCAUGCGGUUUGAAUGAAGAAGGAAACGCAGAAAGAAAAAAAAAGAGAGAGAGAGAAAGAACAGCUGAUGAUGAAAAGACAUGAAGCUGGUUCUGGAGCGGAGAGCAGACACCGGGUUGACCCUCUCAUGUGAAGCCGGUCCCGGUGUGCAGGGGUACCGGUCCUCCGCUCGGCCCCCCGGCUCUUUGUGACUGAGACCCGGGCGGGUUUCAGGGUUUUUCCUCUGAAUGAAGCAGCAGCACCGGAGGGAGACUCGUUCGGAUCCACGCGCCGAUGAACCGGGAGUGUUUUAAUGUUGCGGUUUCUUUGUCGGGUCUGCGCGCUCAUUCAUCUCCAGCGGACUGUGCGAGAGUGCGAACAACACUGAUGGGAUUAUUCCACCUGGAAUCAUCAUUCACUGUUUUAUUAUUCAUGAUAUUUGGCCGUGGGGAGCAGCGGUAAGGGUUCCGCCUCUGUCUUUUGUGUGGAGCUGAUCUGUCAGUCCCCGGACCGUGUUAGUCCGGACCUGUGCCCGGGUGGUCCCGGUGCGUCCCGGGUUGAGGAACCAGCACCAUGCCGGAGUGCGUGUCGGUGCCCGAGUUCCUGCAGGAGGUGCAGGAGGACUGGAGCUCUCCCACCACCUCCUCCUUCACCUCCAAGAUGAUCAGCUGCAGGAACACCGUCUACCUGCUGGAGGAGGUUCUGGACAGUGACCGGUUGGUGUUGCAGAAGAUGAAGAAAGCUGCUAAAGCCAAAUACACAUCAGGACAAGACCACGUGUCUCACCUGGAGCAGUACAUCAACUCGAUGGAGAAGCUGUCGGUCAACUGUCACUCAAACGGAGAGUCAGAGGUCGGCUCCGCCUUCUGCCGCCUGGCGGACUUUUCUAAAGAGCUCCUCUCUCCCAUGAAGAACCUGUUAAAGAGCAUGCUCCACAACAUCAACUUCUUCCUGGACUCUCUGGUUAAAGGAGACCUGAGGGAGGUGAAGGGGGAUCUGAAGAAGCCUUUUGAGAAAGCAUGGAGGGACUAUGAGAGCAGAUUUAAGCAGGUGGAGAAGGAGAAGAGAGAGUUGGCUCGUCAGUAUGGGAUGGUGAGGAACGAGGUGAGCGGAGGAGAGAUCGCCGAGGAGCUCGAGAAAGAGAGACGCUCCUUCCAACUGAGCAUGUGUGAGUAUUUGAUUAAAGUGAACGAGAUAAAGACGAAGAGAGGAGUCGACCUGCUGCAGAACCUCAUCAAACACUACCACAGCCACAACAAUUUCCUGCAGGAGUGUGUGUCCACCACUCAGAGGUUGAAGCAGUACAUGGAGGAGCUGAAUGGAGUCCUGUCGACGGUGAAGCAGCGUCAGGAGGAGGAGAAGAAGCAGCUGGUGACUCUCAGAGAUCAGCUGAGGCCGGUCGUCCACACAGAGCAGGACUCUCUACCUAAGCAGGUGUACAGUAUGCAUCAGCUGCUUGGAGACAAACAGUACGGGACAGAAAGAUCAGGAUUCCUCUACAAGAAGAGUGACGGGUUGAGGAAAAUGUGGCAGAAGAGGAAAUGUUCAGCUCACAACUGUUACCUGACCAUCGCACACGCUACCCCUAACAAACCUCCAACCAGACUCAACCUGCUCACCUGUCAGGUUAAACCCAGCGUGGAAGACAAGAAAUGCUUCGACCUCAUCUCUCAUAAUCGAACCUACCACUUCCUGGCUGAAGAUGAAGCUGAAUGUGUGGCCUGGAUCUCGGUGCUCAGCAACAGUAAGCAGGAGGCCCUGAGCGUGGCUCUGGACGGGGGCAGGAGAGGCGGAGGUGGCGGGGAGAGCAGCGUGGAGGAUCUGACCCGGGCCAUCACGGACGACAUCAGACGGAUGCCCGGAAACAACAACUGCUGUGACUGUGGAGCGCCAGAUCCUGGAUGGCUCUCGACCAACCUGGGCAUCCUGACCUGUAUCGAGUGUUCGGGGAUCCACAGGGAGAUGGGGGUCCACGUCUCCAGGAUCCAGUCUCUGAGUCUGGACAGUCUGGGGACCUCAGACCUGCUGCUGGCCAGAAAUGUUGGUAAUGCUGGUUUUAAUGAGAUACUGGAGGCAAAUCUGCUGAGUCCGUCACUGAAGCCGUCGCAGCACAGCCACAUGGCGGAGCGAAAAGACUUCAUCCUAUCAAAGUACCAGGAUAUUCACUAUGUGAGGCGGAGCCACAGCUCCAGCUCUGCGCUGCGACUCGGCCUGCAGGAGGCGACGAAGAGCUGCGACAUCUACAGUCUGAUCCACCUGUACGCUCAGAGGACGGAGCUGAGCCAGCCGCUGCACACACACAUACAGGAGAAAGGGGAGACGGCGCUCCAUCUCGCCGUCCUAUUGGCUGACAGGACGUCGCUGCACAUCCUGGACUUCCUGGCUCAGAACUGCUCCAACGUGGACGUGCAGACGUCAGCAGGAAACACGGCGCUGCACUACAGCUGUCUGCACAACAAGAGCGACUGUGUGAGACUGCUGCUGAGAGCCAGGGCCAACACACACAUCAAGAACGAGUUGGGAGAGACCGCUCUGGACGUGAGCCGCAAGCUGAAGCACGGCGACUGUGAGGCGCUGCUGCAGAAGGCCCAGUCCAACCACUUCGACCAUCACGUCCACGUGGAGUACGAGUGGAGGCUCCGCCGUGACGAUCUGUACGACAGCGAUGAUGACUUUGAGGAGAGGAACGGUCCAGUGAAGAAGGAGCGCUUCUCCUCUUCCUCGUCCUCCACCUUCACCUCCUCCUUCUCCUUCUCCUCCCGUCCCUUCAGCUUCAAUCAGUCCACCUCCUCCAUCCCCCCGACCUCCUCUGGGGCAGCAACAGGAGGAGGAGGUGGGGGAGGAGGAGGAGGAGGAGGAGGAGGGGGAGGAGGAGGAGGACUGCUCAGUGUGGGGAGGAGGCUCGCCAUGGCGAUGGAGCUCCACAGCAGGCCGGUUGGCUCCGCCUCCAGCCCCCCUCCUCCUCCUCCGUCCUCUCCGGCACCUCCCCUGCCUCCGAGGGUCAAAGCUCCCAACGUUCCUCCUCCUCCCCCUCCUGCUGGGGGCGAGGGAGGUGGGGAAGAGGACGAUGAUGAGGGGGAGGUCUUCUUCCCCAUGACAGGAAACAGAAAGUCGACGCCUCCUCCUCCCAUCGCCGCCCGACACAAGAGGAGCUGCUCUGAGUCAGAUUAUGGGUUGCCAACCAGUCCCAGGAUCUACAGCAGUCCAGACUCCUCCUUCAAGAAGUAUGUGCCGGCUUCUCCUCUCAGCUCGCUGGCUGAACGCCCUGACAGAGGUUUUCGGAGGGCGGACAGUGACGGUAGCUCCUCCCACUUCCAGCACCAUGUCAGUCAAGCCCCGCCCAACGGAUCUCCCACCAAUCAGCGCUCUCAGAGCUUCGAGAGUGAGCGAAGAGGCCCCGCCCCUCAGCCGCUUCCCCGCAGAUCAUUGCCUCGUGGUUCGACCAGUCGUCGGGUUGAGGCUCUGUACGACUGCCAGGCCGACCACCACGAUGAGCUGAGCUUCUCUGAGGGACAGGUGCUGGUGGUCCUGGGGCAGGAGGACAGCGAUUGGUGGCAUGGUUAUAUAGAGGACGAACCGGAACGCAGAGGUUUGUUUCCAUCCUCCUUCGUCCAGCUGCUCUUGGACUGACAUGAACCUGGACUGGACCAGGACCGGUGCUGACCCUGGACCAGUUCAGAUCCAGACCAGAAUCUGGAGCCUCAGGGGAACCAAACCACAACCAAAACAGAUCAGCGCCGAGCAGUAGGAGCUGAACCUUGGAUCUGGUCUCACCCAGACCGGCUCCAGAAUCCUGUGAGUUCACGUGAUCUCGGUCCAGCCGCGGUUCCUGUUGUCAGCCAUGUUACGCCUCACGUUACCAUGGAAACAUUACAGAUAAGACUGGACCCUCAGGUCAUGUGGUAAUGUUGCCAUGGAGACGGCCUCACGCAGACUGAUCAGGCUGAUGUUGACGAUACUUUUAUUUAUUUAUUUAUUAAAACUGUAAACUAAUAUUUUAUUAAGCACACAACAAUCCACUGGACUUUUAUUUUGAAGUUGAGCUGAGCAACUGUUUCCUCUUUUAUUUAUUCUGAUAUUCUGUUUAUUGUUAUUGAUGCUGUAGAGGUGCCACCACACACGCUGCCUAUUUCCUGUGUCAAGCUCCGCCUUCAUGGAGGGGCGGGGCUUACAAGGGCGACCAGAGCACAAAGGAUUGUGGGACAAACACCAGGAGUGAUUUUCAUUGUGCUAACGUGAGCUUCCUCUCCAAAUUGUUCCCCCUCUGCCUUCAUGGAGGAUCUGUUAGAAUUACCUGAAGGGGACGAGGAGUGAGGAGGCUUCUGAAGGAGCCUCGAGCGAGGACACUCAGGUGUAUCCUUCCUCUCACAUCCUUGACACGUUGAAGGCAGAAGAGGAGACGUGUUAGCAUAAUGAAAAACACCCCAGAUGUCUGCCCCAGAUGCAAUCCAUUAAAAGUUGGAAGACGAUAUCCGUCUUCCAGUUUAAUGAGUUUGAGUGAAUCUGCUCGGGAAAACAUGGACACCUGCCUGCAGCAAUCUGAUGUUUUUAUGGCAAGUUCCUGAACUUCACAAGUGUUCACAGCUGCUGGUGCAACAGAUUAGCACACGAUAAACAAAAAGAGGAGGAGGAGCAGACUGGUACAGCAUCAGCACGAAGACUUACAAAGACUAAACAAGCACAAAUCAAAAUGGCGACUAUAACAUUGUUACAGCAAGUUCCACAACACAAACAUCAAGUAAUGAAGUACAUAAAGUUAAAGUUGAUGAAAAGGUAAAAGGCAGCUGCGUCCGCUGCCAUUCUGCUGUGACGUCGUCUGCGUUUCUGUCAGUGAAGUGAGGCCUGUUGGAUCUUUAGGACCAUCGAUUUCUGACUCGGAUCACCAUUAAAUUUUUUAAUGUCUGAGGCAGUUUUCAUCCAAGUUUUAAGCACAGUGGAUCGCAGCAAAAUGUUGCCUUCAUGUGCUAUCAGAAAAAAAAACAUUUUUCACUAGAAAAAUUCAAGGAAAUGCCCUCUGGAGACUGAGUCCAAGUCUGAUCUGAUUAUUUUUCCCUCCUGUGUUGAGAAAAGUAAAGAAAAAACAUUAAAAUACAAAUUCAGUAGAAUUUCUUUUUUUUCCCACCAUGUGUGAAACCAAGCAUAUUUAUCAUAUUUUUUUCUAAUUUAAGGAGAUUUUUUUUUUUUUUCAGAAAGUUAUCAGGGGAUUUUUUAAAAAGUCUCAGGAGAAUAUUUUUUCUUUUAAAUUUCAGGAGAAAAAAAUUCAGCUGAAAUUUUUUUUUCAUGUAUGAAACCUCAGAACUCGAAACUGCUUUCUUGAAAAAGUUUUUUGAAAAAAAAAAAAAAAAUCAACAAAAUAUUUCUUGAUGUGUUAAAACCUCAGCACACAAAUUUUUCUUUUUCACAACUGUCUCUCACUUUUUGAGUAAUGAAACUGAAACGUCAACCAGAUCUCCACUGGUAAAGACAGAAGAGAAAGGAAUUUACAGACACGUAAAGAGAUCAACAGAAAAACUAAUUCCUCUCAGGCCUGUCGUAGAAGUCGGAACAACAACUCUGAAAAUUUGGUAAAAUUUUGGUGCACGAGUUGCUAAUUUGACGAUGAAACAUGGCAGAUGAACAUAAAUGCCUGGCUGAUCAUUAGAAAGUAUCAUCAUUGUGUCGUUUCCUCUGCCUCAUCACCCAAAUACUGGAAUCAGUAGUCACGGUGUUAUCUAACCGCUCUUAGUGAUAAAAUGCAAAACGACUUCUUUUUGGCGUCCAUGUUGUUCCCACAUUCUGACACAGCGGAGUAGGAGGAA